AGCUGGUGCAUCCGCAUGGUCUCCAGCCCGUGGUUUGAACGUGUCAGUAUGAUGGUGAUCCUGUUGAACUGUGUGACCCUGGGCAUGUACCAGCCCUGUGAGAACAUCGACUGCUCCUCAGACCGCUGCCAAAUUCUACAGGCCUUUGAUGCAUUCAUCUACAUCUUCUUUGCUCUGGAGAUGGUUGUAAAGAUGGUCGCCCUGGGAAUCUUUGGUCGUCGCUGUUACCUCGGGGACACGUGGAACCGACUGGAUUUCUUCAUCGUCAUGGCAGGGAUGGUUGAGUACUCGCUGGACCUGCAGAACGUCAACUUCACUGCCAUUAGAACAGUGAGAGUGCUUCGCCCUCUCAAAGCAAUUAACAGGGUGCCAAGUAUGCGCAUCCUGGUGAACCUGCUGCUGGACACUCUGCCCAUGCUGGGUAACGUCCUCCUCCUCUGCUUCUUCGUCUUCUUCAUCUUUGGCAUCAUCGGGGUGCAGCUGUGGGCGGGACUGCUGAGGAACCGCUGCUACCUGGAGGAGAACUUCACACUCUCCACAGGCAUCAGUCUGCCUCGGCCUUACUACAUGGCUGAUGAGGAUGAUGAGCGGCCCUUCAUCUGCUCCCUGCCGGUCGAUAACGGCAUCAUGUCUUGCUCUGAUGUCCCGGCUCGCCGCGAGGGAGGCAGGACCUGCUGCCUGGACAAAGACGACGCCCUGUACCGACAGUCGCUGGGCCUGAGCCCCGAGCCUCUGGCCAACGGCAGUGCCAGUGUAGCAGGGCUCUGCGUCAACUGGAACCAGUACUACACCAGGUGUCAUACUGGGCACAGCAAUCCCCACAAAGGAGCAAUCAACUUUGACAACAUUGCCUAUGCCUGGAUCGUCAUCUUCCAGGUGAUCACUCUGGAGGGCUGGGUGGAGAUCAUGUACUAUGUGAUGGAUGCACAUUCAUUCUACAACUUCAUCUACUUCAUCUUACUGAUUAUUGUCGGUUCCUUCUUCAUGAUCAACCUCUGCUUGGUCGUCAUCGCCACGCAGUUCUCAGAGACCAAGCAGAGAGAGCAUCAGCUGAUGCAGGAGCAGCGGGCACAGUGUUCAUCCUCCUCCACCCUCGCCAGUGAACCUGGGGACUGCUACGAAGAGCUCUUCCAGCUGGUCUGCCACGUUCUCCGCAAGGCCAGGAGACAAACUGUCGCCCUUUUCAACACCCUGCGGGGGAAACCUCGUGGGUUUCGGGGUGUCGGAAGAGGUAGAGUAGGAGGAGAAGGGAGGGAGAGGAAGGCCAAUAGACAAAGAGGACGUGAGAGGAAAGCAGUACUGAGGCACAGUUCUCCCUGUCCCCACCAUAAUAAACCCGACCACACCUCAUCCACUGAACCCAUGGCCCUCACAGCCCCCUCCGCCUCUGAUGGCUGCCCUCAGUGUGCCGCGGCCCUGUCGCUCUCUGACGGCGAUGGACCAGUUCGCAGCGCAGCCAGCGGGGAAGCCGAGGAGGGAGCUGUGGAGGAAACGGACAGGGAUGGGGCCCAAUCUGAUGGUAAGGAGAAGGGCAAGAAAGGCCAGGGCGGUGCAGGGAGCCAUAAGGGGUGUAAUCCUAAAAAGCAAUGCAAGGAGCUGUGGCACGAGAUGAGGUUGAAGCUGUGGGGCAUCGUGGAGAGCAAGUACUUCAACCGAGGCAUCAUGAUCGCCAUCCUGAUCAACACCAUCAGUAUGGGCAUUGAGCACCAUGAGCAGCCAGAGGAGCUCACUAACGUUCUGGAGAUCUGCAACAUCGUCUUCACCAGCAUGUUCUCCCUGGAGAUGAUCCUCAAAAUCACAGCUUUUGGUUCUUUCAACUACUUGCGAAACCCCUACAAUGUCUUUGAUGGAAUCAUCGUCAUCAUAAGUGUAUGUGAGAUCGUCGGCCAGUCUGAUGGCGGUUUGUCUGUGCUGAGGACCUUCAGGCUGCUGAGGGUGCUGAAGCUGGUGAGGUUCAUGCCAGCUCUGAGGAGACAGCUGGUGGUCCUCAUGAAGACCAUGGACAACGUGGCCACCUUCUGCAUGCUGCUCAUGCUUUUCAUCUUCAUCUUUAGUAUCCUGGGGAUGCACAUCUUUGGCUGUAAGUUCAGUCUUAAGACGGAGACUGGCGAUACAGUACCAGACAGGAAGAACUUUGACUCCCUCCUCUGGGCCAUUGUCACAGUUUUCCAGAUUCUGACCCAGGAGGACUGGAACGUGGUUUUGUACAAUGGUAUGGCAGCUACUUCACCACUUGCCGCUCUUUACUUUGUGGCCCUCAUGACCUUUGGAAACUACGUCCUCUUCAACCUGCUGGUGGCCAUCUUGGUUGAAGGCUUUCAGGCAGAGGGUGAUGCCAAUCGUUCUUAUUCCGACGAUGACCGCUCCUCCUCCAACUUUGACGAGAGUGAGAAACAUGACUCCAUAAAGUUGUCCGACCCAAGGAUCUGCACCUUGACGCCCAACGGCCACCUGGAGCUGGGAACUCUUUUGGGACCCAGGGGAUCCUACUCCUCAGAGAGGCGGAGCUUCACCAUCGAGUCCAGAAAGAACAGUGUGAUGAGCCUGGGCAAGAGCAGCCUGGAGAGACGCUCCCUGUCUUUGCGCCACGGCCGUAGUUCCAACUACCACAACUGGGGACGUCCUCUCCAUCCGCAGUCUGCAUGGAGCCGCAGGUCCAGCUCAAACAGCCUGGGUCGGAGGAGCUAUGGGUUUGGUGGGGCUCCUCUGGUAGGAGGCAGCCUCCGUGUGCAUAGCACCCGCUCCCCCCAAUCCUACGCUUAUGCCGCCGAGCAGGAGUCCCUUCUCUCCCACCCACCCCUCUCCCAUCAUCCUCUACAGCCUCAUCAUCCACCUCCGCCCCCACUGUUCCUGUCCAGACACUUUGCUGCGAGGAGGGAUCGACGGGCUCUGUCCCUGGAGCUCCCAGAGCUGCUUCGGGCAGGCGGACAACCCGUGGGCCUGCCCCCCGUCCACCCAGACGUCAGUAGGAGGAGUGGGUCCGGGGCAGGUGGAUCCAUCACUGGAGGGUCUGGCGCUGGUAGUGGUUUAGGAGUGGACCACCGGGACUGUAACGGCAAAGCGCCGGGUCCCCACACACAGCUGAUCACUGAGGUUUUCCCUCAGGUCAAUGCACGCAAGGACAGAGCAGACCUUGAUGAAGAGACGGACUACAGUCUGUGCUUCCGUAUCCAGAAAAUGAUGGAGGUAUACAAGCCAGACUGGUGUGAAACCAGAGAGGAGUGGUCUGUCUACAUGUUCUCCCCUCAGAACAAGUUCAGACUGCUCUGCCAAUCCAUUAUCGCCCAUAAGCUCUUUGACUACAUAGUCUUGGCUUUCAUCUUUCUCAACUGCAUCACAGUGGCUCUGGAGAGGCCGAAGAUCAUGCAAGGCAGCCUGGAAAGACUGUUUCUCACCAUUUCCAACUACAUCUUUACUGCCAUUUUUGUCGCGGAGAUGACUGUCAAGGUGGUGUCCAUGGGUCUGUACCUGGGGGAGACAGCCUAUCUCAGGAGCAGCUGGAACAUUCUAGACGGUUUCCUGGUCUUCGUCUCUUUGAUCGACAUUGUGGUGUCCAUGGCAGGUGGGGCUAAGAUCCUGGGGGUUCUACGUGUUCUUAGGUUGCUCAGGACACUGCGUCCCCUCAGGGUGAUCAGCAGGGCUCCAGGGCUAAAGCUGGUAGUUGAGACCCUCAUCACGUCCCUCAAGCCCAUCGGCAACAUUGUCCUCAUCUGCUGCGCCUUCUUCAUCAUCUUUGGCAUCCUUGGUGUCCAGCUCUUCAAAGGCAAGUUCUACUACUGCGUGGGACUGGAUGUGAAGAACAUCACUAACAAAUCCGACUGCCUGGCGUCCAACUAUCGAUGGAUUCACCACAAAUACAACUUUGACAACCUUGGACAGGCUCUCAUGUCGCUGUUUGUGCUGGCAUCCAAAGAUGGGUGGGUCAACAUCAUGUACCACGGCCUGGAUGCGGUGGGAAUUGAUCAGCAGCCUGUGACCAACAACAAUCCAUGGAUGCUGCUCUACUUCAUCUCCUUCCUCCUGAUCGUCAGUUUCUUCGUCCUCAACAUGUUCGUGGGCGUGGUGGUGGAGAACUUCCACAAGUGCCGGCAGCACCAGGAGGUGGAGGAGGCCAGGCGCCGCGAGGAGAAACGCCAGCGCCGCAUGGAGAAGAAGAGGAGAAAGGCCCAGAAGCUGCCCUACUAUGCGUCUUACGGCCGUGUCCGCCUGGCUAUCCACGCUCUGUGCACCAGCCACUAUCUGGAUUUGGUCAUCACCUUCAUCAUCUGCAUCAAUGUCAUCACCAUGUCUCUGGAGCACUACAGCCAGCCACAGUCUCUGGAGACUGCACUGAAGUAUUGCAACUACUUCUUCACCUCCACCUUUGUGAUUGAGGCCUCUCUGAAACUGGUGGCCUUUGGCUUUCGACGCUUCUUCAAGGACAGAUGGAACCAGUUGGACCUGGCCAUUGUGCUGCUGUCAGUGAUGGGUAUCACCCUGGAGGAGAUUGAGAUCAACGCCUCCCUCCCCAUCAACCCCACUAUCAUCAGGAUCAUGAGAGUGCUCAGGAUAGCACGAGUGCUGAAGUUGCUGAAAAUGGCAACUGGGAUGAGAGCUCUGCUCGACACAGUGGUCCAGGCUCUUCCUCAGGUGGGGAAUCUGGGUCUGCUCUUUAUGUUGCUGUUCUUCAUCUAUGCUGCUCUGGGAGUGGAGCUGUUUGGAGAGCUGGUGUGCAAUGCUGACUACCCCUGUGAGGGAAUGAGCCGCCAUGCCACCUUUGAAAACUUUGGAAUGGCCUUCCUCACACUCUUCCAGGUUUCUACUGGCGACAACUGGAAUGGCAUCAUGAAGGACACGCUGAGGGAGUGUCCACCAGGCCGUCCGGGCAGUGACUACGGCUGUCACGCUGGACUGCAGUUCAUCUCUCCAAUGUAUUUCGUGUCCUUUGUGCUCACGGCUCAGUUUGUUCUGAUAAACGUGGUGGUGGCCGUGCUCAUGAAGCAUCUGGACGAUUCCAACAAGGAGGCGCAGGAGGACGCCGAGAUGGAUGCUGAGAUCGAGCUGGAGCUGGCUCAGGGAGGCCUGUGCUGCAUGAUGGGAGGCAUCGGAGCCAUCGCCGGGGCCACGGGUGGCGCAGCGGGUGGGGCAAGUGUGGGCGGUGGAGUGACUGGUGCAAUUACAGUGGGGACAGUCGGAGGUCCAAGUGGUGGGGUGAUGGCACCGUUGCGAGAUGGAGGAGGAGGCGGUGCAGCUCAGGAGGGACACACAAGCCAUCGAUGUCGGCUCUACUCUCCUGCUCAGGAGAGCCAGUGGCUGGACAGCGUGUCUCUCCUGAUUAAGGACUCGUUGGAAGGGGACAUGAUUGACAACCUCUCCGGUUCCGUUUUCCACCACUACUGUUCUCCUCCGGUCUGCAAGGACUGUAAGAGUCACCCGCAAGAGAUCCGACUGGCAGAGGUGGAGCAGGCAUCUCUGAUGUCAGAGCAGCUGUCAGACAAGUCAUCGUCUCCGGCGCUGCCUGAUGACCUGAGCCUGGACGAACACAGCAGCUACCAGCUGCUGGUCAGAGACAGCCAGAGGGGCAGCAGUGACUCCCGCAGUUCGGAGGAGCUGCCCACCCAGGGGGGCUACAGAGGGCUUCGUCCCUCCAGCUCAGGAAGCGAAAAAGAGAUCCAGGAGUUGUUUGAGGUGGGCGUCCGUCCUCAGUUGAAUCCUCCCUCGUUGGAGCAUCAAAGCCCAACACAUUGCACAGAUGGUGAUGGAGGAAGUUGUAGUGGUGGUGGUGGGCGGUCUUCACCUGUCUUCCACCUACCAGCAGACUUCUUCCACCCAGCUGCCGCAGCUCAUCCAGGCAGCCCUGGGAAUAGUGUUAGCCCAGGAGACCGAGGGCCGUCCACACUGGCCUCUCCAGCCUCCUGGGCCUCCCUUCGCUCACCUGGAGCCAACAGCAGGCCCCUGAGCUCUCAGCACCCGUCCCACAGUGACUCCUCCCUAGCCACAGGUAGUUCAGAGGGCAGCCUGCAGACCACCCUAGAGGAAGGUCUCAGCUUCAGCGUCUCCCCACCUCGGGAUCUGGAUCUCCCUGUGCCUCUUCUCUGCCCCCUCCCUAGUCACCACUUAGAUCCCCAGGUACCAGCCACAGGAGACCAGGGCAACCCUUUAUUAAAGAGACGCAGUACUACUUUUAACCUCCAAGCCACCCGGGGGCACCAGAGGAGCCAGAGUAGUUGCGAAGGCGGCAGCACCAGCCCUGGCUGUCCCCGGCAAGACUCCAUGGACCCUUCAGAUGAGGAUGUGGGCACGGGGACAGGUGGAGAUGGCUGCCGCCAGACCUUCAACAGCGAACACUUUUCAGAAACACUGAACAGCCUCUCGCUGACGUCGCUGCUCACCCCGGGCUCUCUGGCACCCCCACUGGUGAAGAAAUGUAACAGCACAGGGUCUCUGGACCAAACCAGUCUUUCCGCCCGGAGUAAACAUGGACGCCACGUCUGUGGCAUAGAUGCCCAUGGUUACUUGUCCAGUCCUUGGAUGGAAGGAAGGGCGAGAAGUAAGCAGGAGGACAGUGAUAUCACAGGCUUCAGCAUGAAAAGCAGCAGCCAAGCCACAGACACAACCUCCAGGAAAAAUAGAUGA